AUGAGCCACGACCAGUACGACGACGAGGACGACUACCAGGACGGCGGGUACCCCGAUCCCGAACAGGCCUACGACGAGCCAAAUGGCUUUGAAGACUCUCACGACGACCGCAACACCCCCCACGAUGCCGACGACUACGACCCCAAUGCAUACGACAGCCGAGACUAUGACGACCCUCCACAAGACGCGUAUCCGGACGAGGCCCCCAUGGACGAACCCCCCAUGGACGACUUGGACCAUCCUGACCUCGACAGUCUCGACCUCGACGCAGACUUUAGCGGAGACCCCAGGCACGUCUCCCAGAUUUACCAGGACGAGGCCGGCGACAUCACCGAUCACGACCCAAUAACGGAGUACCUUAAGAGCAAAGACCCUGACUGGGACGUCCAGCCGCCCGAGACCAAGAACCUCCUAGACCUCCCCGAGGACAUCCUCCGUCUGGUUGUCAAAGAGGCAAGUACACCCCAAUGUUCCGUGCGGCAUCUUCCAUCUGGACCCGCACCGCUUAUCACGCAUACCAACGACCUGACCUCCUUGGCCCUGACGAACUCGACCCUCUACAAACUUGCAAUCCCUCACAUCUACUCCAGGUUCGACAUCGUCUGGCCCGAUGCCCACGCCACCGCCACCGAGGCCAAGAGCGUCGAUGCCCUGACCUACGGCCUGUCGACGCUCUGCCUGGGGAGCUCCUUUGCCCGCACCACCACCCGCUUCCGCAAUUACGGGGACCAAACCCCGGCACCCAUCAAGUUCGGAGACAACAACUAUGCGCAGCACACGCGCAAGUUCUCGCUCGGCAACGGGCCCAACGACUGGGUUGCCGAGUACAUGAUCAACAAAGAGAGUGGGAAGAUGCUGGGCACCUUGGUGGCCUUGGCAGUGUCCAAGAUGAAGAGCCUCGAGACCUUCAUCUGGGACAUGCCCACGGGCGUCCUGUCCGACAUCUUCAUCGCACUGGGCUCCCUGCCGGACGAGGAAACCCGCGAGUGCAUGCUGGAGCGCGUCUGGAUCCGGUGGCAUGACAACAACGAUACCGGCGCGUCCCCAUCCUCCUCAUCGAGUCCCGCUCCGGCUGCGCCCCAGGCAGCGGUGGUGCCAGCCGGCAGCACCCUCACGCCGAUUGGUAUAGCGCUCCCUUCGACUGCCUCGCACCCGGCCCCGAGCCCGCCCAUCGCCUACUCGGAGAACCAGGUCGAAUACCCCACGUUCAGUGUCCUGCCGCCCCUCAAGAGCCUCACUGUGCUGGACGUCGAUGAGUUGCCUUACCUCGACGAGAUGGCUGUACUGGUCGAGCGGUCCAAGGACGUCAUCCAAGAACUCAGGCUGGGCGUCUCUGCCAAGGCUGUCCACAAGGACUUUGUGCAGACCUGGGACAGCCCCGAGCUACAGCAGGUAGACCACAACGCCCGGUGGCCCGGUGAGAGCGCCAUUGGCGACAGGAGACUCGGGGGCAUAUUGGGCGUGCUUGUGGGGCGUGUAUAUGACAUCCGGAGGAAGCUACCCAAGACGAAACCGGCACCUCCUUUGCCCCUGCCUGAAAGCACUCCCGGCCAGCAAACCCCGCUGACAGGAGAGUCUGGUGCACCGCCCCCACCUUUCUCAGGCGAGCCAAGCCCUGCGCCUGGGACACCGUCGCUUGACACGGAGAUGAGUUCGAGGCGGUCCUCAGCCCUUAGAACACCAGGGGCUUCCGGGCCUGGCACCCCGGCGAGGAAGAGACUAGACGGCAAGCUCAAGCUGACGACCUUGGAGCUGGAGAGAGUACCGCUCUCUAUGCAGGUCUGCAGCAAGGCGUUUGACUGGACCGUGCUGACUAACUUGACAAUUCUCGACUGCGCCCAACAUGAGAACCUAUGGAAACUGCUGAAGAAGCAAUUCGAGCCUAGGCCGCUAGAGUCUGGGUUCGGGAUCUCACCGACCUCGAGCAAGCCAGUGCCCAAUGGCCCGAUGGAAUACCAACUGGGUCUGAAGAGCAUCCACACGGAUCAGACGUCCCCGUCCUUGAUUGCCUUCAUCAAGGAGACAUUGGCUCCGAACUCUCUGGAGUGUCUGUUCUUGCAAGACCGGAGGCGGGGCACCGCGGCCAGCGCCCCUCCACAGGUGACGAUCGAUUCCAUCUUCAAGGGGGCCAUCAAGCGGCACCGGAACAGCCUGAAGAAGCUCCUCCUGGACAGCUCCAACAAGACCACGUCGUCGGGGGCGAACUCUGCCGAGACCAUGAGGUGGCGGUCUUGGUGCCUGACCAGCGACCUCCUGCAAUACGUGACCAGCGGCCGGAUGAAGAAGCUGAAGGAGCUGUCUGUUUCCAUCGACUACAAGGACUGGCACACUUUCCUGCAACGUCUCCCUAACAUGACACAGCUCCGGUCGCUCCACAUCCCAUACAUGGCGGACCAUGUCAUGGGCAACUUCGAGCCCAAGGAGUUGGUGAUGCAGGUCGCGGACAUCAUCACGCUUUGCCCAGAGAUCCAGCUCUGCUACGUGGGCAUAUCGACCAAGUGCUUUGAGAUCAUGGAGCAGCGUGCAUCCGAUGUCGCAGGCUCGGGCCUCCUGAACGGCGGCGCGGCCAACGGUGUGAACGGUCACGGCUCGAACAUGGACCAGCCUCCGGCAGAGGUGGACGAGGCGACCGACGAGGACGAGAACGACACGGAAGACAAUUCGGAUGAUCCGGAUGACUCAGACGACGAAGGCACGCCUACGAGCCCGACAGACCCCGACGAGACCCAGUCCGAGGAACACCAUAGCGACGAAGACUCGGACGACGAUGACUCGUUUGUGGAACCGGCGGCCAAGACCCGUCUGCGCCUAAGGGAGAUACUCUUCUACGACGACAAAGUGGCCAUCUUCAAGGCCAGGCACGGGAGGUUGUAG